AUGUAUCUAUCUAUCUAUCCAUUCCAUUCUCUUCAUUCUAUCUAUCUAUCUAUCUUCUCUUCAAUCUAUCUAUCUAUCUAUCUAUCUAUCUAUCUAUCUAUCUAUCUAAUACUUUUUCAUGUUGUAUCUGUUCAUUUUCAUCUAUCUAUCUCUCUAUCUAUCAAUUCAUCUACGCAUCUGGUCCUUUACAUCUCUCCAUCUAUCUAUCUCUUAUAUUCUUUCCAUAAUCUAUCUAUCUAUCUAUCUAUCUAUUUUUUUAUCUAUCUAAUACUUUUUUCCUGUUCUAUCUCUCGAUCUCUUCAUUUUCAUCUAUCUAUCUAUCUAUCUGGUCAUUUUUAUACAUCUAUCUAUCUAUCUAUCUCAGUUAUUUCACAUCUAUCUAAGUUUUUUUUUUUCAUAUCUAUCUAUGUAUCUAUGUAUCUAUCUAUCUAUUACAUACUUUUCAUUAUCUAUCCAUCUAUCUAUCUAUCUAUCUAUCUGUUAUGUGGUCUUCAAACAAAAGUACCAAUUCUUUCUUCUAUUUUACCAAUUCUUCUUCCGGCCUUUUUUGCUCGUUCUCUCCCCCUCUCUCUCUCUCUCUCUCUCUCUCUCUCUCUCUCCCUCUCUCUCUCUCUUCCUCUCUUCCCUCUCUCUCUUCCAUUUCUCUCUCUCUUCCUCUUUCUCUCCCCCCUCUCUCUCCCUCCCUCUCUCCCUCCGUCUCUUCCCCUCUCCCUCCCUCUCUCUUCCCCUUCUCUCCACCUCUUUCUCUCCCUCCCUCUUUCUCUCCCUCCCUCCCUCUCCUACUCUAUUCCCUCUCUCUGUUCCCUCUCUCUAUCCCUUUCUUCCUCCUCUCCCUCUCUCUUCCCUCUCUUUCCCUUUCUCCUUCCCCUCUCUCUCCGCCCUUCUCUCCCUCCCCUUCUCUCCCUCCCUCUUCCUCUCUCUCCCUUUCUCCCUCCCUCUCUCUCCCGCACUUCUCUCCCUCCCUCUUCCUCUCUCUCUCCAUACGUCUCUUCCUCCGUCUCUCGCUCCCUCUCUCUUCCCUCUCUCUCUCUUCCCUUUCUUUCGACCUCCCUCUUCCCUCUCUCUUUCGUCCCUCUCUCUCUUCCCCCUCUAUCCCUCCCUCUCUCUCUCUCACUCCAUCCCUACCACUCCCUCCCACUCUCUUCCCCUCUAUCCCUCCCUCUCUCUCUCUCUCUCCUCCCAUCCCUACCCUCCCUCCUCCCUCUACCCUCUCCCUCUCUCUUCCCUCUCUCUCUUCCCUCUCUCUCUCUCUCCCUUCCUUUUUCUCUCCCUCCCUCCCUCUCUCUCCCACCCUCUCUCUCUCCGUCUCUUCGAAAUCUUGCCCCCCCCACAAAUUCCCGUUCGUGGGAACGGCACGAAGGAGGGGGAAAGAAUACAACCCCAGAGAUUUGUCAAGUUGGAUUCUUUUAA